AUGCAAACCCCAAAUAUCAUCAGUGCCGACGUGGCACCGCAAUUCUACGAUAGUAUUAGUGAUCGCUAUGAUAAGUAUUAUGCGCAGAAUCAGGGCUUGUUGGAUUUUGUCAGAGAGAGUUUGGAGUUGCUGCCGAGGGAUGCUGAGGUCCUAGACGUCGGAUGCGGAACCGGCAUUCCCACCUCCCUCGCGGUGACGAACUCCGGUCGCAAAGUGCACGGCAUCGACAUCUCACGCAAGAUGAUCGCUCGCUCGCGGGAAAAUGUUCCGGCGGGAACAUUCGAGUUGCGCUACGCAGAACAUGUCCCGGGAAAAUUCAUGGGCGAAGUGAACACGAAUUUUCUGUACACGCAACUAGGAUGGGAGGAAGUUUUGGCGGAGAAUGGAUUUGAGAUUGUGAAGGAGGGGAAGGCGGUUUUUGAACCCCCGGAAGAGGCGGAAUGUGAUAGGGAAGUGAAUUUUUUAUUACGGCGAGGAUGA